CUUACGGCUCCGUUGCUUAUGUCGUCCCUUGACAAAUACAUUUGAUUCAGAGAUUUAAGAUCGGCGUCCUAAUGUCUUUGUGCUCAUGUGCAAUUGAUAGGAAUUGUUUUAGCAGAAAUAACAAAAGAGAUUGCUGCCACCGGCUUGGAAAAAACGUUUUCACUAAAACAUUUCCAGAAUAGAUUGAUACUACCUUACAAUAUAUUACAUUAUACUGCACUUGAAAUACUUCUUCUAGGGAUAACCGAAUGUGCUUGACAGAAUUUGAGGUAAUGAUCUGAGGACUGCUCUUAAACCGGGAGAGGAUCGAUACAGUCGAUGACAUCAUAUUGCAUUUGAACAUGGAACAACCGCAUCCAUCAUCUUGCACAAGCUAGCAUUUCUUGGUUUGUUGCCCACACGGACUCUUUUUAUUCCAAAGUUUCGACAUCUUUCGUAAAUUGCAAUAAAGCACGAAGUCAGACAUUGGAGUCUGAUUGAAAGAUUGCGGAACUACAGUAUGAAUAAUACUUCGUCAACUUUAACAGCAAAAUCGUUUUGCUUUCUGGUGUGGCUCCUCGGAUUAUUUUGCCAGGAAGUUGGAACUUGUGACGUGCCAUGGGAGCGAUAUGGACGAAAUUGUUACAGAUAUUAUGCAUCAGUUGCGAACUAUGAUGACGCCAAUGCUAACUGCGCGGCUGAGGGCGGCCACUUGGUGACAACAAAGACAGGGGAUGUUCACAAUUUUGUAAUGGCACUAAGACCCUCAGGAGGGGACAUGUGGAUAGGGCUGAAGGAUUUAACAGGGAAUGCAAUGACGAUGGGCCCGGCCGGAGACUGGCAGUGGGCAGACGGUUCACGUGGACCAUUAAAUUGGCAGACUUGGGCGGCAUCCCAGUUAGGCGGCUCGUGUAUAAGUCAAGAUGGAACGCAAGGGAACGACUGGCUAAGAAAUUCAUGCACAUCACAGUUUGCAUACAUGUGUCAAAAGCCGCUAGGUAAUAAUGAUGGAUUGUGGCGAAAAACAAGAACAUCCAAACAGGCCGACUCGAACCUUUCUACCAAAACGGAGUAUGCAAGUACCCUGACCGAGUGCGCCAUAAAGUGCCUGGGCGAACCUUCUUGCAUUGCCUUCAACAUUGGGCCAAGUGUACUGGGGAGACACGAAUGUGUUAUGUUUGAUAAUUAUGGCAAAGACGAUAACCUGUACACUGAUAACGAUGACUGGAAUUUCUAUGAGUUUGUUCAAUAAUUUUAUU